UCGUCGAAGAAAGAAGUAAACAGGACCAUCUUUCCCUUCCUUUUCCCUCGAGGAUCACCCGCGAAGGUGACUCACUUCUAAACUGGAAGCUUCAGCUACAUCUUCUCUCUCUCUGUGAAACGUAGAACGUGUCAGCUUGAUUAUGUUCCUCGAGAUCGUGAACGCGCCACGUAUAUAACCGAUGCUCCGUCAAUCUACUCCCUCAAUCGCGAUCUAAGUGCCGCUAUAAACGGAAACUGCUUUUCUGGCUUCAGCAUCCUGCAAGAGUGAACUUCACGCGCCAUGCGGACUGUACUAGUGGUUCUUUGCUUGAUAGCAUCGUUCGAUGUGAACGCUGCAGAAAGAUCGUUCCACGCAGAGUCUUCUUUAGAACGAUCUGAUUCUACUGCGUCAGGAUCGAGCAAUGUGGAUGAGAUACCGGUCAGACUUCCAAGAAAAUUCCGAGGAAACAGUCGUACCAGGAGAGUGCACAUAGAAAAUCAGCAUGGAUUCGAUGGAAAAGUGGAGAAGAUUCACAUUAAUUCCGAGGAGGACCUUCCUGGAGUUCGAGCAUACGGUCUGCAGAAGAUGAAUUUGGCUAAUAAUGGUCACAUAGAGAAGAUGACAAGAAAAGAAGUGAUGGAAGGCAUUAACGAUGCGUCGAGGGUUGCUCGUUCGAUCAAGGUCUACGGGAAGUCCAAAGAGAAUCUCCACAUGAAUGGUGAAAUUGUGAGAGUAGAACCUCCAAUACCCUCGUUUAGACAUCAAGCUCCAGUCAAUUCACACACCAGACUAACCAGAUCCAUAGAAACAGUGCCAAAACAAGAUGAACCUACCAACGAUUUGGAAGAUUUAGAAGCCCAAGAUGCCAAAGUCUUCAGACCUCUCUUUGUCUAUAGGCAACAGGUGGCAAAGCGGCAGCACAGGGCAAGAAAUCAGUUACACGGUUUUCAAUCUAAUCAAAAACCUUUCUACGAUCAUCGACUAAUUUUCUGAAAACAUUUCCUCCAGUGUUCGCCAAGUUACAUCUCGUGGCGUGCAAUACAGUUUUACGAUAGCAUGCAAACAAGAAAUCGAUGGACGUAGUGUUUGCAUUGCGAUGGGUCCUUGGAGGCGACUAAUUAUCAUAAUAAUUAACCGAUUGAGUCAGCGUCGCUUUUGUGCCAUAAAAGAAGAAAACGGUAUACGCUGCCGCUGACAAUGACUUGCUACGAUAAUCGAAAGUGUCGGUAAUCGCGGUCGAUGACAGUGAAAAGAGAAAAUACCAAAUAGUAUUAGCGUAUGAGUAAGACGUUCGAGAUUCGAUUAAUACCGUUAGAGAUGUAAUUCUGAAAUUAAGUACGCUUUAUUUUACUACGUGUGUUACGAGUUUGUAUGCACAUGGUCAGUAUAAUUUAAUCGUUUAUUAUUGAAAGGGCACAUGUCCAAAGAUUGUGAUCGUGAAGG